AUGGCCUCUGCAACAACAUUCCAGCCCCACGAUGGCCCUGUCAUCCUGACCCUGUCGGACGCGGAACUCUCCACCGGCACCCUCAGCACGCACACGCUGCAACGCGCGCUCUCCGCCCUGCACUCGGACGGCCUCGUCGCCCUCUCCAACGCCGUCUCGCCCGCCCACCUCGGCGCCCUCAACGAGCGCAUGCAGCAAGACGCGGCGCGCCUCCUCGCCCAGCCGCGCGGCAGCGUGCACAGCAACUUUGGCGCCGCGACGGGCAACAUCCAGCAAGAGCCGCCGACGACGCCCGCCCUCGUCUUCUCCGACGUCGUCGCCAACCCCUUCGCCACCCAGAUCACCGAAUGCGUCCUCGGCCCGCGGCCCGUGCUGCGCUUUUACUCGGCCAACACGGCCGCGAAGGCGGAGGCGAGGCAGCCGGUGCACGUGGACCUGGAGUUUGCGGAUUAUCCGAGGGACCUCGCGUUCGGGUAUUGCAUUAACGCUUACUUGGACGACGUGGGGCUCGAGAAUGGGGCCACGGAGGUGUGGCUGGGGAGUCAUUUGGUGAGCAUGAUGGAGAAUCGGGAGUGCGUGGAUGUGAUUGAUGAGAGGCUGGUCGAGGAAAGAAGGAAAGUCAGGCCACCGGUGAGGACUUGCUUGCCAAAGGGGGCGCUAGUGAUUAGGGACUUCAGGCUCUGGCAUGCAGGGAUGCCGAAUUUGACGGACGUGCCGAGGCUCAUGUUGGUCACAAUCCAUUUUGCGAAAUGGUGGCGGAGCAAGCUGAAGAUCAAGUUGGAGGAAGGGUCGAAGGGAAAGAUUGAGUGGGGUGGCUUGGAGCCAGCUGUGGAGUGGGUGGAGAGUGGGUAUGAUUAUUUGAAAGGGGCGCAUGAUUUCACAUUUGCGCAAGAUGUAGAGUAG